AUGGCACCCAAGAAGGACGUUAAGAAGGCCGAGCCUGCAAAGAAGGCUGAGCCAGCGCCCGCACCUGCCCCUGCCCCUGCUGCAGAACCCGAGGCCAAACCCAAAGACAAACCAGUUGAUCUGUCUUCAGUCAAGGUUGAGUUCACCCCAGACCAGCUGGAGGACUACAGGGAAGCCUUUGGUCUCUUCGACAGAGUUGGCGACAACAAGAUCGCCUACAACCAGAUCGCUGACAUCAUGCGUGCUCUGGGCCAAAAUCCCACCAACAAGGAAGUGAACAAGGUCCUGGGCAACCCCAGUGCUGAUGAGAUGGCCAAUAAGAGAGUGGAGUUUGAGACUUUCCUGCCCAUGCUGCAAUUCAUUGUGAAUAGCCCCAACAAAGGUACCUUUGAGGACUACGUUGAAGGUCUGCGUGUCUUCGAUAAGGAGGGUAACGGCACAGUGAUGGGUGCUGAGCUGCGUAUUGUCCUCUCAACACUGGGUGAGAGAAUGUCAGAGGCUGAGGUUGAUGCUCUCAUGGUCGGCCAGGAGGACGAGAACGGUUGCGUCAACUAUGAGGCUUUCGUGAAACACAUCCUGUCCGUGUAA